AUGCUGUCUUCCACAAAGUCCCCAGUUCAGUCACUGGCCAUGCUCUCACGCUGGACUACUGUGGUCUCUGUAGCUCCACACACAGUGCCCUCCUCCCAUGCUGACUGUAAAGUCCCAAAGCCCAGUCAGCCAACAGUGUUUCUCUCUCAAUGCUUUGACUACUGUGAACCCUGGGGCCCAGUCAUUAACAGCCCAAUCAGCGUGGCCAAAAGGCCCAAUCAGCGUCUCCCGAAGGCCCAAUCAGCGUCUCCAAAAGGCCCAAUCAGCGUCUCCAAAAGGCCCAAUCAGCGUGGCCAAAAGGCCCAAUCAGCGUCUCCCAAAGGCCCAAUCAGCGUCUCCAAAAGGCCCAAUCAGCGUCUCCAAAAGGCCCAAUCAGCGUGUCCAAAAGGCCCAAUCAGCGUCUCCAAAAGGCCCAAUCAGCGUCUCCAAAAGGCCCAAUCAGCGUCUCCAAAAGGCCCAAUCGGCGUCUCCAAAAGGCCCAAUCGGCGUCUCCAAAAGGCCCAAUCAGCGUCUCCAAAAGGCCCAAUCGGCGUCUCCAAAGGCCCAAUCAGCGUCUCCAAAAGGCCCAAUCGGCGUCUCCAAAAGGCCCAAUCGGCGUCUCCAAAAGGCCCAAUCGGCGUCUCCAAAAGGCCCAAUCGGCGUCUCCAAAAGACCCAAUCAGGGUCUCCAAAAGGCCCAAUCGGCAUCUCCAAAAGGCCCAAUCAGCGUCUCCAAAAGGCCCAAUCGGCGUCUCCAAAAGGCCCAAUCGACAUCUCCAAAAGGCCCAAUCAGCGUCAGAAGGCUCAAAUAUCAUCUCCAAAAGGCCCAAUCGGCGUCUCCAAAAGGCCCAAUCGGCGUGGCCAAAGGCCCAAUCGGCAUCUCCAAAAGGCCCAAUCAGCGUCUCCAAAAGGCCCAAUCGGCGUCAGAAGGCUAAAAUAUCACCUCCAAAAGGCCCAAUCGGCGUCAGAAGGCUCAAAUAUCAUCUCCAAAAGGCCCAAUCAGCGUCUCCAAAAGGCCCAAUCGGCGUCUCCAAAAGGCCCAAUCGGCAUCUCCAAAAGGCCCAAUCGGCGUCUCCAAAAGGCCCAAUCGGCGUCUCCAAAAGGCCCAAUCGGCGUCUCCAAAAGGCCCAAUCGGCGUCUCCAAAAGGCCCAAUCGGCGUCUCCAAAAGGCCCAAUCGGCGUCUCCAAAAGGAUCAAUCGGCGUCAUCCGCCGCCAUCAUAUCAGAUAUAAUUUCAUUUAAAUGUGCUGUCGGCGCUUUUGCCGGGUUUUUUUCUACGUUAAUUUUUCCACUAUCAAUGCUUUCAACAUUUUUCUUUUUUUAUUGACAUUUUUUUUACCCUUUUUUUUAUUUAUUUAUUUUUUUUACACUUUUUGAAUUUUAACAAUUUUUUUAGAUUUUUUUUUUUCAAGUUUUUUUCUGAUGUCUUUGUCGCUUUUCUUUUUAUCACCUAUUAUUGAGGGUAUUUAGGAAGUCUUUUGUCGUUUUUCUUCUACAUUUUAGUCUCUUUUUCUAUGUUUUGUU